GUAUGUCACAAUCGAACUUCGAUAUAUAAACUAAAGUGUUCCUCAAUUUCAUACUUACGCAUAUUUACUUUUUUUCCUUAAUGAAAUUGUGAUGCAUGUAUUUUUGAAAAUUUUCAACUUGUAGUAAAACUGCAGGUUUCAAAAUGGAAAUCAAAAAUCAACAAAUUUACAAUGUAUGCCAAUUUUUUUUGUACUUUUAGUAGAAUAUUGUAUAAGUAAGAAUUGUAUUUGAUAAAAUUUUGUUUAAAACUUGAUUAAGAAAACGGAGCAAUAAAAAACGAACAUCAUGAAAUAACUCCAAAACAAAUUGCUGUAUAUUCAGAUCUUUUUUGUGAAAAUUCUACACUGCAACUCAGCAACAGAAUAUGCCUUAUGGGUCAAAUAUAUUACGCCAAUAUCUGCAAAGCCGACCUUAAUUGCUGCGGUACCUGAUAUGAGUGUAACAUGUUGAGAUCCUUGUAACUUUGAAAAUUUAAACAAACUUUCAGUAGUAUGUUAAUGAAAAACAUAUUUGCGCAAUAAACGAGUGAAAUGAAACAAUAAUUUGUACAUAUUUAUGCAUACAUAUUUUAUAAGAUUAAACUCCAAAACAAACUGUGAUUAAUCUCUCGAUAUUACGGCGAAAAAGAAAAUGUGUAAAUAACAGUGCAAAUACAUAUGAAUAUGUACAGAGAGCAUGUACAUUUAGUUAAAAAACUUUCAAAGAUAUAUUACAAUAAAUUGCGUCUUUAUGGUUAUUAUGCAAAUAAUUCCACUGAAACUGAUAUUAAACUUUACUUGAAACGUUUAUUGUCUUUAAAAUUUUCUACACAAAAAUAUUCAUAAUUUAAACAUAUAUUAUGAAAUAAAGUAAAAUAUCUAUUCAUAUUAAAAGGUUAGGCAGAAAGGAUUUAGCAGUAGAGUAAACAAUACUAUUAGUUAAUAAUAUUAGAUUAAUAGUUAAUAAAAUCUACAUAUGUAUGAAUUUAGAUACCAGUAAAAACAGUGUACAUACAGACAAUUAGAUAUAAAUCGAUUGAAAAUAUUAUGUAAAAUAAUGUAUAAUUGUUGGCACACGAUUUGAAAUUAGCAUAAAAACUACAAAAAAAAUGUUUUCCUAAUCUAAACUCACCAUAUUCAGAAUAUGCUCAUUACAACGUUAAGCUUUCGCUUUUGCUUUCGUAUUAAACGGUGAUUAAAACCUGCGAAAGAUUAAUAAUUUGUAUAUAAAAAUUAUUUUAAAGACAUACUCCUAAGCGUAAUUGGAAUUGAACUUCCCUCGAAUCAGUUUUAUGUUUAUUCAUGAACAUACAAUAUUUUUUGCUUGUUUGUUUCAGUGAAAAGAGAUUCUAAUCCGUUCAGUGUUUUGAAGUAAUCGUCAGUUGUAUUAAUAUUCGUAUUUAAUUCGUAAUUUAAAAUUACAAAGAAAUGCGUCACAUCAUGUUUGGAUGGCGGUUGUAUAAUUUCUUCUUCAGAAUCCUAAUCGUUUUCUAUGGGACUAAGAGUCAUAUUCGUUGGCUCUGAAGUAUUCGGUUUUACAAUAUCGUAUUUUAUAAAUCCGGCGGUGCAAAUCGCAUUUUCCCACUCAAUAUAAUCUGUAAUAGUAACAUUUAAAGGGAUAAAUACACGCGGCACUACGUGUGCAAUUGAUUACAAAGUGAGAUUUCCCCAAAAAAGUCGACUUACCAUAGAGUUCGAUUUCUGUAAGGAAAUUUAUAUGAAAUUUUACUUUUAAACACUCUUGCCAAUUCAGGAGUUCGAGUUAUAGAAACUCGAGUUACGGAAGUUCAAUUUUAUUUUUAUUUAAAAACAAAAACAAAAUUGUGUGUCUUACAUUCGAAGAAGUAAGAAUAAUUAUUGUAUUACAACCUACUUAGAAGUACAAUUCAAUGAAACUUCCAUCUACCAGUGCAAACUUGUUACAUUUCAUUAGAAAUUAAAAUGUGUAUUAAAAUAAAAAUAUAUUUUUUUUUGGUGGAAAGUUAUGACAUCUGUUCAAUUAGAUACUUGGGUAUAGUUAAACUUUUUGCUUAAUAGUUGGAUAAAAUAUGUAUCUGUAUAGAGUAAAGAAAACGUAUGUAUGUAUAUAUACAACUAAAUAAAUACACACAAAAUAGCGUUAUUACACACACAUAUAUGCUACAAGGCUUGUAAAUAUGUGUGCAUAUGCAAUAUAUGUAGCAGAGCUCACUAGAUGCGGCAUGAUUUCAAGCGUCAAAUUGGUUAAACCAUUUAAAGUUGAUAACUUUUGGUAGCGUUCUUUAUUUUUAAACCAUUUUGAGGUGUAAAAAAUCGAUAUUUUGUGAAUUUUCAGAUCACAUUCUUGAAUGGUAAGCGUGAAUUCGUUUUUAUUUUUUAAUUGUGGCUAAUUUUAUUUCAAUAUAAUACUAACAACGCCUAUAUUCAGCUUUCAAGACCUUGAAUCGAAAAUCAUCCUUUUGCUAUUUCAAAGUUAAUGAGCUCUGAUGUGUACUAGGGGGGUUCUUAUUAUGUGUUUGUUAAUUAUAUAUCAUUAAUUCCAUUAUACAUUCAUAUCCCUAUGUCUGUUAAUUAAAAAGUAAAAGUUAAAGUAAAAAAUAUUACAGGUGACUGCCCGGAAUAUGUUUUUCGUUGAGACAAUUGAACCCAACCAUCUUUAAUUAUUUAUUAUGUCAAUUAUUAUAUACCUUAUAUAUGUAUUAUUAAAUGCAGAGAAAAAAGUGUGCCCCUAAUACAUACAUGCAUAUUAAUAUUAAGCUAUUACUUUACAAUCAACAAUAAUUGUAUUUAGCUAAAAUAAAAAUAAUAUAAAUAAAAACUUUCAUAUAAAAGUAAGAAAAAUUAAAAAUGUUCUAAUAAAUGUGCAUAUGUAAGGUUCGUAUUUACAUAUUCGUGAGCAGCACAUCUUGUUGGUAUUUAAAAUAUUUUUUUUACUCGCCCAUAAUUUAUUUGUCUGCAUUUCAAUCAUGAUUUCAAUACAAAGCACAUGCUCAUGCACGGGUUUCAAAAAAUCCAAUUCGUUUCAGAUAAAAUGUUUGCCAACUUGUUGAUAUUCUGAAAGUCGGUCGUGCAACACCAAGGAUGGCAUUGUGUAAAAAAGAUUUUUCGACGAUUCUGAAAUCUCUCUCGAAUUACAAUUAAAAGUGAAAAAUCAUUUCAAUGAAAUUCUUGAAGUUAUCUCAAACGACUACGACGUAGUUCCAGAAAAAUUCGUUCGACAUACCAAAAUCAUGGUGAAACUUACAUAGACUUGCAUGACUGGCAAACAAUGUCUCCUACAGUUCAGAAAAAGCAGCCGAGGCUAGAAGUAAAUACUUCCAACAUUUUUUGAGUGGAGAGGGACAGUUAUAGCCUGAAUAGGCUAUUAUUAAUAUCGACUCAUUGAGUAAAUAGAUAACCGAACAAUAGGAAAACUAUUUCCUGAGGAGACAAUAUGCUCUUGAUAAUGCGUCCAAGACUCGUGACUUCAAGUACUGAAUACAAAUGAUCAAACACUAAUUAUUUCUCUUGGGUUAAAAAAUAAAUGAACAAGCGUUAUUAUUAUUUUUUGUACUAUUGUAAUACAUGUAUGUAUGUAUGUACAAUACAUUUGUAUAUUAAAGUUUUGACUAUUUUUCUCAUUUUAUAAAUAAAUUUAGUUUAUUUGAUCUGUGAAGGUUCAGUAGGUUAUAGAAACUAAGUUAUGUCGUACUAAUGAAGAGCUUUGGAAAACUCAACUAACUCCAUGCCGCGAAUACAGCCUGUUUAUAUAUGUACAUGUGAGGGCCAUAAAAAUAGAAUGUAUGCAAUAUGACAUCGGAUUAAUUGGUUGUUCAAUUUGCUAAACGCAUUUAUCAUUAAUUUGCAUACAAAUAUACUUUCAUAAGUAAAUACAGUACAUGUACAUGCAUGCAUGUGUGGAGAUAACAAAUUGUUAUACUUGUCGUAUGAGUAACUUUAAAUGCAGUUUUAACAUAUCAGAUGAGCCGUAGGAAUACCAAAUGCAAAGAACUCAGCGCAUUUAGUUAGAAAUAUUUUAGAAUACAGAAUAAAAACUAGUUUUAUUUAUAUACUCUUAUGUGGCAUUCAUCAUAAGAUUAUUGCUGAAGAAUUUUCCCCCUGCAGAAGCUAAUCUGAAAUAACUGAGUGUAGUUUUUUAUAGAAAUUCAUAAUUAAUACCCAUUUAAGAAGGAUAAGCUUGGCCAAGGUAAAUUUAUGCGCGAUUUUUGUAGUAUUGAUUUUCAAAAUAAAGAUUUUUUAAGCAAUAUCGUAAUUUAGUUUCUUUUCAGUACAAUUUUAUUAUAAUCUUUACAUGGGGCUGAUGAAAUUUUCCGAGUCAACUUUAAUUGCCGUUAUUGCGCCGUACUUAUGGACGUUUUCAUUAUUUGCUGUUGUAAUGCCGCCAUAUUAUAUACUUCGUGCGGUUCCAACAAAUCGCCACUGGAUUUUGUAUAUUAUUCGCAUAGUUUUCGUACUUUAUAUGCUAGCGCAAUUUGUGAUCAGCUUCUGGGUCACUUAUACCUAUAAUGUGCUGCUCAGUGGUUUUUUGAUGCGCAACUCUUUGGAUAUUAUGACUUGUGUAUUAAGUAUUGGCAUUAAUAUCGUACAGCUUGUAGUGCAAAUAACGGUAUAUGUACAAGCGUUAACCAAACACAAUUUAUUACGCGACGUCCUCAAUGAUAUUGUCCAACUAGAAUCGGAUAUACGAAAACACUUAAGGACCGAUUUUCCAUUGGCAUCUUUUCGCUGGCGUUUGGGGCUUCGUGUUGGCAUUUGGUUCGUGGUGGUUUCGACUUUUGUACCUUACCUGAGCUAUAUGCUUUACACUCAAUAUUUUAAUCCAAUUAAGCGUGGAAUUAUUGUUUUUUUCGGCACAAUAAUCCAUUUCAAAGGAGUUGAGUAUUGUAUUAGUGUACAAACGAUACAGGAGCUCUUACAACUGGUGCAGCAGCAGUUGGUACAUUUGAGACGAGAGCUGGUGCGCUGUGAAAGAGUGGAGCUGCGUUUUAGUUUAUACGAUGACUUGCAAACGAACCAGAAGCUUUUGGCACGGGUGUGGAAUCUUCUCAAUCAAAUUGAACGCUAUUUUUUCAUUCCAAUGCUUAUGCUUUUCUUCAUCAAUGGAUUCGCUAUAAUACAAGCUAUACAUUGGGCUUACAUCAAUUUUGAACGUGAUAACUUAAAUUUGCGUUUAUAUCGCAUAAUAUACACCGUCAUGAUAAUUCUGGCUUUGCUCAUACCCUGCUAUCUAAGUCAGUGCUGCAUUGAUGAGUACAAUCGUUUCGGUACAAUUUUGCACAAGUUGAAGACCAUGGGCAUUGAUGAGCAACUCAAUAUGCGUUUACAGGAGUAUUCGCUUCAAUUGAUGCAUCAAAAGAUGCUCUUCACCUGUGGUGGCUUCUUUGACAUAAACUUGAAAAAUUUUGGAGCGAUAAGUCUAACAAUCACGACUUAUAUUGUUAUACUAAUUCAAUUUAAAUUACAAGCAGAAACUGAGAAGAAAUCGAAUAUCGGAAUUCGUUUUGAAUAAAAUGAUUAUUUUAAACAAUUGAUAACAUGUACAAAGCACUAACUUGAAAUAAAAUAAAUGCAAA